CCCGAGCGCGUCGCGUGUCCAAAACAUUCUGCAUUUCUUUCCGCCUCUCUCUCUCGACCCGCGGCAGCACAGCACCAAGUAUUUUGUGGGGGAUACGAGCGGCAAAACAGGUGAAAGUAACUGCAGGCCUUGCCGCGUGGUGGUGUAGCCGCGUAGGGGUGGUAUAAAGCCAAAGCCGUUGUGCGUAAGCAUCCCCUCGACUUGUUCUCCCAAGUAAACCACUUCAGUUUCAGAGUUUUCGAGCGAGCACGUUUUCGUAGCUUCCGUCGAUCGAAUUCAUGGCCGUUCGGUGUUGCUCUUCCAUGGCGAGCGCCAGCGUUGUCCUCUUCUUCGUCGUCGUCGGCAUGUCGGCGUCGAUGGUCUCCGGCUGCGACAGGUGCGUGCGCCGGUCCAAGGCCGGAUUCCGCGACUCGUCGAUCGCGCUGAACGCCGGUUCUUGCGGGUACGGCUCCCUCGCCGCGUCCUUCAACGGCGGCCACCUCGCCGCCGCGAGCCCGGCGCUGUUCAGGGGCGGUGUCGGCUGCGGCGCCUGCUUCCAGGUGCGGUGCAAGGACGGCAAGCUGUGCAGCACGGCGGGCGCCAAGGUGGUCGUGACGGACGAGGCGCGGUCGACGAACCGCACCGACCUCGUGCUGAGCGCCGCCGCGUACGCCGCCAUGGCCCGCCCCGGCAUGGCCGCGCAGCUCAGAACACGCCGCGCCGUUGACGUCGAGUACAAGAGGGUACCGUGCGAGUACGCAGCUGGUCGCAACCUGUCGAUACGCGUGGAGGAGAAGAGCCGUCCGCCGCGCGAGCUGUCCAUCAGGUUCCUCUACCAGGGUGGCCAAACCGACAUCGUCGCCGUCGACGUCGCCACGGUCGGGUCGUCGAACUGGAAGUUCAUGACGCGGGACUACGGGCCGGCGUGGAGCACGGCGCAGGCGCCGGCGGGGCCGCUGCAGUUCAGGGUGGUGGUCACCGGCGGGUACGACGGGAAGUGGGUGUGGGCCGACGGCGAGGUCCUGCCGCGGCGGUGGACGGCCGGACGGGUGUACGACGCCGGCGUGCAGAUCGCCGACGUCGCGCAGGAAGGGUGCUACCCGUGCGACACGCAGGAGUGGAAGUGACACACACCGCAUUAACAUGUACAGUUUUUUUGCUUUCCUUUCUUUUUUCUCUCCCCUUUUUGGGACGCAUUGAGCAGCUAGCCAUCCAUCGAAUUAAGAGCCACAGCCCACAAGAACAACUUGCCUUCCGUUGCA